AUGGCUGUCGCAGACCACCUACCAUUCAACUUCUCCCAAGCAACCACCCUCAUUGGUCCUCUCCUGAUCGGCCUCAUCUUCUUCGAUUACCUUUACAAACGUCGUCUCCCACCUGGCCCACCAAGUCUUCCGUUACUCGGGAAUUACCUCUCCACUCCUCGCGGUAAAUCGUGGUUGUUCUUCACCUCUUUAUCCAAAACAUAUGGCGGAAUCUACACCUUCUACUCAGGUCUCGUACCCAAUAUCAUAAUCUCAGACCUCAAAUCGCAUACGAUCUCCUCACUAGUCGAAGCAAUAAAUACAUAUUACAGCCAAGGCUCAACCAUCGUUACCCAUCCUUAUGGAGCGAGUUGGAACAUGAGAAGAAAGAUCUUCCAUCAGUUCUUGAAGCCUUCUGCGUUACAGACUUAUAAGGAGAGACAAGAAGCAGAAGCUUCGAAGCUUGUAUUUGGAAUCUCGCUGGAUGAGGGCAAGAAGUGGAAAGACGAGAUUGAGAGGUACACAUCCAGUGUUGUUUUCACGCUUAGUUACGGCAGGAGAAUCGAUGCCCUAAACUCGGCGGUCCUCAAGAAAAGACUCUUCUUCGUGCAUUAUGUAGCACGAUUUCUUUUGUCUGGUCAAUUUCUCGUCGAGUCCCUCCCGUUUCUGGAUUACUUCCCUCCGUUUCUCGCUCGAUGGAAAACCGCGGUUACGGAAAUGGGGAAGCAGAACGCGGCUUUUGACUCUUGGCUCGUGGACACCGUCAGACAAGAUUUGGCAAAAAAUGGAGGAAAACUUACGGGAAGAGGAAGUUUGACCGAGAACAUGAUCUUAGCGGCCGAAGCUGGAAACGUCGAUUGUCAACAGUUGAUGCAGAACGAGCGCCAUUUUUGUGGUAUACCAUCUUCAGUCUUCGGAGCUGGAUCCCAUACCACGAUCGCCAGUCUCUGUUCUGCUGUUUUGGGAUUGAUUCUGAACCCCUGGGUCUUCGUCACUGCUCAGAAGGAAAUCGACGAAGUGAUAGGCAAGAAACGAAGCCCGAAUUUCGGUGACAGGGAGAAGCUCCCAUACAUCGACGCUUUGGUCAAAGAGACGCUGAGAUGGAAACCCGCUAUCCCCAUGGGCGUGAAACAUGCAACUUCCGAAGACGAUAUUUACGAAGGCUACAAGAUUCUCAAAGGAACGAUGAUCGUGCCCAAUAUUUGGGCUAUGCAUUACGACCCCUCUUAUUUCCCUUCACCGGAGGAAUUUGCGCCAGAAAGAUUCCUGCCAGAAAAUGACGAGAGGUUUAGAGAGGAGCUGAAGCCAGAAAAGGAGUUUCCGGGCAAGUUCGGACACGGUACUUUUGGGUGGGGAAGGAGAAUUUGCGUUGGUGGUGAUUUGGCGCAUAAUGGGAUGUGGAUCGCGCUGGUGAAGUUAAUCUGGGGGCUUGACUUGAUGGGGGUUGAGGGAGAGAAGUAUGAUGGGAUAAAGUUUACUGGGGACACUGUUAUGGCACCAGCGAGCUUUAAGUGUCGGUGGAAGGUGAGGGAUACGGAGAUUGGCCAUGUGAUUGAGAGGGAGAUGAGCUUGGCGGGGGUUGUUCUGGAACAAUUUCCUGCCUUGGAGUGAGCGGUUGGAGAUUGGAGGUGCGAUGUUUCUUUUGCUGUUUGAAGGUAUCUAGGCAUGGAAUCAACGGAGCGAUAAGUUUGUCACAAUGAUUUGAGACUCAAAAGAGAUGAUUCUUUG